AUGAACGACAUGACGGCCGUUACGGCGGCCGCGAUGUUGUUGCAACAACAACAACAAUCGCGUCACCAUCACCGGCAAGUGCAUCAGCACUACGACGACCGCGGAGGCCGUCUCCACCAGCACCGCGGCCACCCCGACGCCGGUGUCCCGCCGGCCGCGGUCACCGACCCGGCCGGCCAACAGCACAUCAAGAGGCCAAUGAACGCCUUCAUGGUAUGGUCCAGGGGCCAACGGCGCAAGAUGGCCCAGGAAAAUCCGAAAAUGCACAAUUCCGAAAUCAGCAAAAGACUGGGCGCCGAGUGGAAACUGCUCAACGAACCCCAAAAACGUCCAUUUAUUGACGAGGCCAAACGAUUGAGAGCGUUGCACAUGAAAGAACAUCCCGAUUACAAGUACCGGCCACGUCGCAAGCCCAAGACUAUGAUACAGAAGAAGGAACCGGUUGCCGUACCGGCGAGCGUCAAGCCCGGCGCGGUGCCGUAUUCGGUGCGGGACUUGCUACCACAGGAGUCGGCCGGCUCGACGGCGUCCGCCGCGGAACAGCCGGUCGGCGCGGCGCCCGUGCGGUUUCCGCCGCGCGCCUACUUCUCGCCGUAUCACCAUCACCAGCCCCAUCACUACCCGGCGUUCUACCAGCACGUGGCCAAAGACUUGUCGGUGAGCGCGGCCGUCGGCCACGAGGCCGUCGCCGGCAAGGCCGUGCACGACCUUGCGUUGCACGCGCUCUACGGCAGCUCGCUGUACUCGCACGCCGUGUCGCUGGCCAACGCGUGGCCGAUGAUGACGGCGGCCGCGGCGGCCACCACCGCGUCCGCGUGCCCCGCCGACUGUGCGGAAUGCGGCCACCACGGCGAACAACAACCGCCGCGGUCCGUGCGCGAAUCGUCGUCGUCGUCGUCGGCCCCGUCACCGCCGCCGUCCACGUCCCCGGCUGUCAAGCGGCCGAUCGCCGUGGUCGUCAAGCCGGACCUGAUGCCGCCGCCGCCGCAACAGCAGCAGCAGCAGCAGGUCAUAUGA